CACAUAUAAACCUUUAACAGGUCAAACAAUACACAGUAUUUGUGCAUGAAUUAGAGUAAACUUCCUUGUCUGGGAGAGAGCAGCUCUUAAUAAUAACCAUAGUAUUUUCAGCAAUCAUGGACUAAGAGGGAAGGAGAAUUGUAUUACCAAAGGUUGCAUAAGCCAUAAAUCCAAUUUAGGGGUGGGGAAACAAUCUUGACUUGUUGCGGAAACUCUGGAUUUUGCUCUAAUUCAGAGUGGAGCCACCUUGCGUAGCUAGAAAGCCGAUUUAGCUUCAUUCAGUUUGGCAGAAAGUUCCUUCCUGGAGACAGAGAGAAAGCUGCUCUUUCCUUUUGCUUAUGGCUGAUUUUUAUCUCAGAGAACAUAAUUUGAUUCGUUGCUGCUUCAUCGCUACCAGCUAAUUUCUGAAAAGUUUUCCACCUUGGCUUUCCUGCAUCUUCUCACGGAUGAGCAGAUGCUGCUGGUAGGAGCCUGUCUAUUGCUGUGGCAAACUGAGAUGCUUAUGACCGGAACUGAAUAGAGUCUUUGGAUUGCUGCGUGUGUGGUGUUGUGUACGAAUCCCUCAGCUGUGACUUUCUCCCCAACUGAUAAUUCCCUGUGCAAAACCUGAUGCUGUAAACAAGGCAACUGUGAUAAACAUAAGGAAAAAAAUAAAACACAGUGAGGUUGCACAUAUCUGGGCAGGCGUGGAAAAUAAUUGACGUGUAGAUUCGUGCAACUAAGAAAAUUCAGGAGCUGCCACCUUGACAUUCUGCUGAUAUAAUUUAAAAUCCGAGGGGAUCAUUUGAAAGCAUGGAAAAGACAGAAGAAAAUCACAGUACUCUGGAGGUAACUCCUGAUGUUCGCCAUGAGAGCCUCAGUUGCAAGACCUUUCCAUAUCUGCUGAUAAAAAUGAUCAACAAGUCCCGAUGGAAGAUACUUGGAGUAUUGGCUGUAUUUUUGCUGAUGGUGUGGUAUACGAUAUCCCGGGAAGAAAGGUAUAUACAGCUUUUUGAUUUCCACUUUCAAGAUGAAAAGAUGACUUGUCCUGUAAAAGAGAUAGAAAAGAAAGCUGCACAACUGAUAUCAAAUUACACACGGGAACCUCCACUGUUUUUACAGCUAAAGCACUAUUUUUGGGAGAAGACCCCCUCACUUUAUGAACUGCCUUAUGGUACGAAAGGAGCAGAGGAAAUUCUCCUACGUCUUCUAACCAUCACAAGCUUCUCUCUCCCCGAAAACAUUGAAAGCUUGAAGUGCCGCCGAUGUGCAGUCGUUGGGAACGGCUAUCGGUUGAGAAACAGCUCAAUGGGAGAAGUCAUUAACAAAUACGAUAUUGUGAUCAGGCUGAACAAUGCGCCAGUCCAUGGUUACGAACGUGAUGUGGGCACCAAAACCACCAUGCGACUUUUCUAUCCCGAGUCAGCACACUUCAAUCCUCAGACUGAGAACAACCCAAACACAUUGCUGGUGUUAGUGGCGUUCAAACCCAUGGAUUUUUUGUGGAUGGAGACAAUUCUCCACGACAAGAAAAGAAUUCGGAAGGGUUUCUGGAAACAGCCUCCCUUAAUUUGGAAUGCAAAUCCUAAGCAAGUACGAAUUCUGAACCCAUAUUUUAUGGAAGUUGCGGCUGCUAAAGUGCUUAAGCUUCCAAUGAAGCACUUGUGGAAGCUUAGAGAGAAACCAACCACAGGAUUAGUGGCUAUCACUGUCGCCUUGCACUUUUGCGAUGUGGUAGAUAUUGCUGGCUUUGGAUACCCCAGUUCAGAUGACAAGAAGCAGAGUAUUCACUACUACGAGCAUGUUACAGUGAAGUCUAUGGCUUCUUCAGGGCAUAAUGUCUCCCACGAGGCAUUAGCAAUAAAACAGAUGCUUGAAUUGGGACUCGUCAAGAACCUCACUUAUUUCUGAUGUAAGAUGGACAGCCUUUGUGUUCACGUCGAGCUGGGCCUUGUGCCAGCAGGACAAAGCCCUUUGUGGCUGGCCCAUUCUAACAUAUAGCCAUCCCUUCCAUUCCAACGCUGACUGGUGCAGAGGCCUUGCAGUUCCCUGCAAACGGUGACCAGGCUGGAUGGAAGUGUACGGCUUCUAAAUGUGUUGACAGCUAGGGGUAGAAACAGUCCUGUAGAGAACCUGGGUGAUACCAGCAGUCGGAAGCAGGAGUCUUUCUUCCUUAUUGAGCACUUGCCCUCUACAGAAUCUUCUUCAUUUGGAUAGUUGCAGAAUUUUCUUUGCCAUCUAACUGAGAGGUUCCUGCAUUCACCAGAGGCACCUUUGGAAGAUGAAAGCUAAGUUGCUGUGGAUGGGCCUCAAAGAAGAUACGACGCAAUUUCCCAUGGCGAUAAAGUGAUUGUCCCAUAA